AUGUGUCGUGAAAUACAGAAUACCCAGUCACUCGUUAAAACUCGUGACUGUAACAGACGCCUAGAUAUUAUUGAUAAAACCAUUACUGGGUUUAUCGGUAAUAUCAAUGACCAAGUAAAAACUUUAAACCAGGUAGGAUCUGCAGUCCAAAAAUCUACUGACGACGUGAGUUACCUUAAGAAUGACUUGCAACAGUGGACAUCGAGUGUUUUGGAAGCUGUAAAGGUUUCGUUAACUAGUGCAAUGACCAACUUGACAGCCAAUCACAAAAACAUGAUUGGAGAACAAGUGUUUAUAACUCAGUCUAUAGCCAAAUCAGUGGAAGAUAUGAUACGAACAGCUGAGAAUAAACACCUGGAAACAAAAAUUCAGCUACCCACUGAGGACCCUUACACUAAGAAAACGUUUGACCAAAUCUCCAGUAUGCAAGGUGUUAUAAGACAACUUCAAUCAUCAGUGAAUCAACAGAACCAGGAACUAGUAGUCAUGAAAUCCCACAACGAAGAAGUUAUCAAACUAUUAUCCAAAUUGACGUUCGACCAACUUAAUAAGCAAGGAUCACAAGAAUCACGCAACAGAGUGAGAAUAGAGCCAAACCCACAUGAAACUCCACCACACAUGAAAGACUCGUUCAGAACAGAUUCGCGCCGAGAAUACCUAGCACCACCGGAAGAAAUUCAAUACUACACACCACUUAAUGGCAGAGGAGAAGUGUGGACUCAGAGCACUCCAAUUGCAAGAGAGAAAAGUAGCAAUAAAGAGAACCUGAAUUGGAAGACCCAAGCAACGAGUGGCAGCAAUGUCCCAGUUAAACAAAUACCAACAAAGACCCCUGUGGUGAGAAUACCAGGAAAGUGCGACACAUGUGGGAGCACAGACACAGGGCACGAUUACAGACUCUGUAGACGAAAGAGUAAAAACAUUAACCUAUUGGAUCAAGAAGACGACGAAGUUCUUUCGCCCACUGGAGAAGAAUUGGAACUCAUCUUUGGGGAUGACCAUGACUCGUUAUACGAUGACGGUGAGUACAGAGUCAUCCAGGAAGUAUCAGCUGAGACUACGAAUAUCUCGAAGUUAGAAGACACAUUCCAAGUUAUGGACAUUUCAUGUCUAGAGGAACAUGCCGCUAAAGCACCAGUUUUCAUCAAAAGGCGAUCAGUGGAAAAACAACUAGGAAGCCCUUUCUUGACGACUAUGUGUAAUAGUUGGAAAAUGCACAUGCUGAUAGAUUCAGGCGCAUGUAACUCUUUAAUUACACCCCGUGUCUUGAAUAACAUUUGGCCAUUUUGGGAAAAAGAAGUCCGUACAAGACAGAAAAGAGAAUACUUUAGCGCUUCAGGAAGCCUCCAGUCGAUAGGCGAGAUAACUUUACCAAUACAAUUCUUACAUGAAACUAGUCCGUGUAUUUUGAUGAUUGACUUCAUAGUAAUAAUGAAUGCCAGAAAUAUUGAAAUUGUCCUUGGUGCCGACAUGAUGAAUGAAUACGGAAUGAGUAUCUCGAUCAGAAGUAGUAUUUACUCCUAUACAUGA